UGCUGAGCUUUAUUUGCUGGUGCUGCUGCUUUUGGUUUCAUUUCCGUCCGUGCUCAGAGCAGCAAUGGAGGAGCCGCUGUGCCUGGUGCAGAACGGGGCCGACGGGGUGCUGAGCCCCAACCCCGAGGCGCUGGAGGUGCUGCGCGGCAUCGGGCAGCCCGUGGUGGUGGUGGCCAUCGCGGGGCCCUACCGCACCGGCAAGUCCUUCCUCAUGAACCAGCUGGCGCGGCGGCGCCCUGGAUUCGCCCUGGGUCACACGGUGCAGGCGCAGACCAAGGGGAUCUGGAUGUGGUGCCUGCCACACCCACGCCGGGCCAACACCACCCUGGUGCUGCUGGACACCGAGGGGCUGGGGGACCCCAACAAGGGCGAUAGCUGCAACGACGCCUGGAUCUUCACACUGGCGCUGCUGCUCUCCAGCACCCUGGUGUACAACAGCAUUGGCACCAUCGACCAUCAGGCGCUGCAGCACCUCGGGUUGGUGACAGCGCUGACGGAGCGCGUGCAGGUGCAUGCAGAGGAUGACAGUGACACAGCGGCGGCCAACUUCGUGCGCUUCUUCCCCGGCUUCGUCUGGGCCGUGCGGGAUUUCGCGCUGCAGCUGUCGCAGGACGGGCGGCGCAUCACUGAGGACGAGUACCUGGAGAACGCGCUGCGCCUGCAGCCCGGGAGCAGCCGUGUGGUGCAGGAGCAGAACGAGCUGCGGCGCUGCCUGCGCGACUUCUUCCCUGAGCGCAAGUGCUUCGUGAUGCUGCCGCCGGCCGACGUCGAGGCGAUGACGCGGCUGGAGGAGCUCGACGAGGGGCAGCUGCGCCCUGGCUUCCUGCGGCAGGCCGACGCCUUCUGCCGGCACGUCUGGGACAAGGUCCCGGUGAAGGCGCUGCCAGGGGGGCAGAAGGUGACGGGCAGCAUGCUGGCGAGCCUGGCGGAGAGGUACGUGGCGGCCAUCGCCAGCAGCGGGGUGCUGUGCCUGGAGAGCGCGGUGAUGGCGCUGGCGACAGCCGAGAACACGGCGGCGGUGGCGGCGGCAGUGGCCGAGUACAAGCAGCGCAUGGAGUGGGAGCUGAAGCUGCCCACGGCCUCGCAGGAAGCGCUGGGGGACGUGCACCUGCGCUGCGAGCAUUGCGCCCUCGCCCUCUUCAUGGAGCGUGCCUUCACCCACAACAGUCACCAGUACCAGGAACAGCUGAAGCACGAGCUGGAGGCGGCCAAGGAGGAGUUCUGCCGGCGCAACGAGGCGGCCUCCGUGGAGCAGUGCCGGGUGCUGCUGCGGGAGCUGUGGCAGGACGUGGAGCAGCGCCUGGACCGCGGGGAGUACGCCGUGCCGGGGGGCUCGCGCCGCUUCCAGGAGCGCCUGCAGGAGCUGAUGGAGGAGUACCACCGGUGGCCCGGCAAGGGGGUGAAGGCGGCAGCGGUGCUGGAGGAGUUCCUGCGGGAGCGCGAGGUGCUGGCGCGGGCGCUGUGUGCGGCCGACCAGCAGCUGUCAGAGCACGAGAGGGAGCGGGUGGCCGGCGAGGCGCUGGCAGCAGCAGCCGUGGCAGCGGCAAAGGAGGCUGCGGAGGCGGCCGAGGCACGGCUGGAGGAGCAGCAGCGUAGCUUCGAGAAGCACAAGCAGGAUCUGGAGGAGCAGAUGCAGCGCAAGCUGCAGGCGAUGCUGGAGGAGCAGGAGCACGUCAUCGCCCACAAGCAGAAGGAGCAGGAGGCGCUGCUGAAGGAAGGCUUCAAGGAAGAGGCUGAGAAGCUGAAGGAGCAGAUCGAGAAGCUGGAGAAGGAGAAGGAGGAGAUGAAGAAGCUGCUGAGGAUCCAAACUGUGGUGAAUGUCAUCAGCAGUGCCAUCAACCUGGGGAUCCUGGGGCGGGCCGCGAUGCCAGUGGUCCUGCGGCUGCUGCGCCUGACGUGACCUUGGUGCAACCCCAAUAAACCUCUCUGUAGUACCACCAGC